GACUUCAGCAACGGCUUGCGGACAGCGCCACCGAUGGCCACCUUCAACGCCGAAUUCGACUUUGAGGGCCUCCUCUUCGGGUCGGGCUCGAUGAUAAACCCCAAUGCCCUCCAUUACAAUGAUUCGCCGCAAUCGAUGGCCAUGGAACAUGCCUCACCAUUCGCGCCGUCCUGGAAUGAGAUGCCCGCGAGCCAAACCCUCGACGAUGGUUUUGAAUGGUUGACUGGAUUCGAG